CCGUAAACAAAACAACUAUGAGUGAAGAAAAGUUGCAAUCUGGAUAAUUUUGUUGAAAUUUGCUGUGAAAAGAUUCGAAAAUGGACGAGCAAGACUACAAAAGUAUCAUAAUCUAUUACGGUCGCGAGAAGCUGUACCGGACCAUGCACCGGGUGGUGCUGGAGGCGAUGGCCAAGUACACCGCGGACACCAGCUUCCGCUACUACAACGGAAUGGCUUUGGUGCUCGAGGGAGUCCGGUUGCAGGAAGGUAUCCGGGAGUUGAACCAGCUUCAAGGGGACCGAGAGUUUGGAAUGGCCGUCAUUCUCAGUCUUAUGUACGCCCACAAACGCUGCAGUGUCAUCGACAAGGAGGAAAUUGUUCAGCUGGACGGGAAGCUGAAGGAUGAGCGAAAACGUCUUACUGCGACCUCGGCCUACUAUUCGGCUCUGUUUUUGUUUCUCACUGGGAAGAUUGACAAGGCUCGCGAAUACGCGGACAAAGCCAUGCGACUCAGUCCAAGCAGCCCGGAAGUUCUAUCGCUGAAAGGGUGGUGUGAGCUGUAUUUGAACAAACAUCGCUCGUCGUUCAUACUGGACCUCUUCGAGAAGGCACUCGAGCAGGGCAAGCAGUUCGAUGCCAACAUUGGACAAGUUCGCUACCAUCAGCUCAACAACGACUACGAAACUGCAAUUUCAGUGCUGAAUCGCCUGUCGGUCCGAUAUCCCGAGCUAAACAUUCCUCUAGUUGAGAAGAUGAAAUGCAAUCUUUCCAACUGGAACUGGGACAAUGCAGUGGAAACAGCAACCAGGAUUCUCAACCUGGAACCGACAAACUUGGAAGCGCUUCAGCUGAAGAUAUUGAUUCUCAUAGCCAAAGAUGGCAACUUUACCGGAAGUGUAUCCGCCUUGCAGUAUUUAUUCAAAGCCAUGGAAAAGAUCGAACCAGCCAACGGAGACCUGUUCAUGCGCACCGGACAGCUAUUCUCAAGAAUCUGCGGAAGAAAUCCAGCAAUCUUAGCGGAAGCCUACCUCUUCGCGGAGAAAGCUCACAAACUGAAUCCAUCAAAUGCGGAAUUCCUCACCGAGCUCGGCUACCAAACAGCACUUCAGAAAAAGUACAAGGAAGCAACCAAACUGUUCAAAACUGCUUCAAAAAUUGACGACAGCUCAAUGUACGCCCUGUGCGGACUAACCCUCUGUCAGAUGAUGGAAUCCGGCGUUUCCGAGCAGGUGUCCCAGCAGAUUGAGUUCCUGACCGAAAUUCAGGGCGAUGAAAAGAUUCCCAUCCUGCUGCUCAUGUCGUCAAUCCUGUAUCAAACCGAUCACGACAAAGCCGUUGCACUGUUGAUUGAAGCCAGCGAAAUUCAGUUCAAGAAUUUGAAGACCCUCUCGUACGGCGCGGAAUACCUGCGCCAGUUUAAUCCGGAUUUCCUGCUGGAACUCGUCAAGGAACUACUCAAGCAUUCCCCAGCUGAGCACAACGCGGACAUAAUCUCGGUUGACGCCCUCCAUCCGACCCUGCGUCAGUGCAGCAACAUUCUCGAUUCGGUCGUCAAAGCCUGUCCGGGACUCGUGGAAGCUUCUUUCCUGCUUGCCAAGGUUCAGUUUCUCAGCUCGGAGGUGGGAGCCGCUGCGACUACGUUGCAGAAAAUCCUGCACGACAUCGAUCCCACCUAUUCAGACGCCCAUCUCUUGAUCGCCCAGAUCCACAUCCAGCAAAAGUCGUACCAGCGGGCAGCGCAGAGCUUGGAGAUUUGUCUGAGUCACGACUUUAAGGUGCGCGAGAAUCCGAUGUACCACCUGCUGCAGGGUAUCGUGUACAAGAACCAACAGCGGUACGAAGACGGACUGAAGAGUUUCUUCACGGCGAUGAACAUCUGCGGCUUGAGCUCGACCGGAAGCGCCAACAGGUCACCUUCCGCGAAGAAGAUGGCCGAUCGUACGACACUUGGAACCGCUGAUUUACUUACGCUCUACCUGGAAAUCAUCAACACGCACGUUCUCAUGAACCAAAACUCGGAAGCGUUAAAGUUGAUGCAGAUGGUUUCGUCCGAGUUCACCUCAACCACUGAGGAAGGUCGGCUGACAAUCGCAACCGCCGAUUUCUACAUGCAGCAAGGCAACUUUAACAAGGCAGUUGAACUGCUGAAGAAUAUCCGUCCGAAUCAACCGUACUACGUCCAGGCGAAGACCAAAAUGGCUCAGUUCUACCUGGUCCACAAGAAGGACCGGCUGACGUACGCUCAGUGUUUCCGCGAGUUGGUCGCCAACUGCCCAGGACCGUCAAGCUACCUGAUGCUGGGCGAUGCGUACAUGUCCAUCCAGGAACCGGACGACGCCAUCGAAGCGUACAAGCAAGCCCACAAGCAGAACCCCAGAGAUUCUCUGCUGGCCAGCAAGCUCGGCCGGGCGUACGUGAAGACUCACCAGUACAAGAAGGCGAUCGCGUACUACCAGGAGGCGAUUGCUUCCCCUGAAAACUAUCUGCUGAAACUGGAUUUGGCGGAGCUGUUCCUGAAGCUGAAGCAGUACUCGAACGCCGAACAGACGCUGGUGGACGAGAUCGAGCUGUCCAAGGGAGAAAGUGGAGACAUUUCCAAACUUCAAACAAGAACCAAGCAGCUGCUGCUGUUGGCACGGAUUCGUGAAAAGGCCGGGUACUUGAGUUCGUCGCUGAACACGCUGAAGGAAGCUCGAGAUAACCAGUACAAGAUCCAGAAGCGUAUGCUCGUCGAUCAGAAUUCGGUGUUGAGCGAGCAGAACAACAUGCUGGCCAGGAUCUGCGUUCUAAUGGCCGAGCAGUCGAUCGCGAUUCGGGACAACGAGCAAGCGAUCCACCACUACAAGGAAGCGCUCAAGAUAACCCCGAAUGAGAUUGGUUUGCUGGCGGCGCUGGCCCGAACCUACAUGCAGGUCAACAACAUGGACCAGUGUCAGGCAACGUGCGCCACGAUCUUGCAGAACGACCCGAACAACGAGGCGGCAUCGGUGAUGAUGGCGGAUUUGUCGUUCCGGAGGAUGGACUUUGAAAACGCUGCUUAUCAUUUUUCCCAGCUGUUGAUCUCUCAGCCGACGUACUGGACGGCGCUGGCAAGGUUGAUCGAGGUUAUGCGACGGUCGGGGACGCUGCACGAUGUGCAGCCGUUUUUGAAUCGAGCUGAAGAUGAGUGUCUGCGUCCGGACAAUGAGGCUGGCUUGAAUUACUGCAAGGGACUGCAGGAGUGGUACAAUGGGAAUCCCAACAGUGCGUUGAGGUUCUUCAACAACUGCCGACGCGAUCCGGAGUGGGGUCAGCAGGCGAUUUACAACAUGAUCGAGAUCUGUCUGAAUCCGGACGGUGAUUUGCCUAAUGAGGGGGUGAUCGACAUUGGGGCGGAUGACUUGGAGAUUAAGGAUUCUCGAGCUAUGGCGUUAAGAACUGCGGAGAGGUUGCUGAAGGAACUCAAGCCCAGACCUGGGGUGAUCGACAACGAGGCGUUGAAUCAUAGAUUGUUGGAAAACUUUCACCUGCUGGCGUCCCGCCAGAAGCACAGCAUCGAUCGUGCUCUGCAGGACUUUACCGCGAUCGCGUCACAGGAAGAGUACAAGGAGCACGUGGGAGCGGUCUACGGAAUGGCAUCGGCUUACGUCAUUUUGAAACAGUCGCAGCGAGCCAAGAACCAGCUCAAGCGUAUCGCCAAGAACAACUGGACCUUUGAGGAGGCGGAUUAUCUGGAGAAAUCGUGGCUGCUGCUUGCGGAUCUUUACAUGCAGGCUAGCAAGUUUGAUAUGGCUACCGAUUUGCUGAAACGGGUGCUGGAACACAACAAAUCCUGCACCAAGGCGUACGAACUGUGCGGACUGGUGUCCGAGAAGGAACAAAACUAUCGCAACGCUGCGAUCAACUACGACUUGGCAUGGAAGUGCAGUGCCAAGUCGAAGCCCAACGUGGGUUAUAAGCUGGCGUUCAACUACAUGAAGGUCAAGCGGUAUGCUGACGCGAUCGACAUUUGCCAGCAGGUGCUGAAGAUCCAUCCCGACUAUCCGUCAAUCAAGAAAGACAUACUAGACAAGUGCCGGAACAACCUGAAGAAUUAAGGAAACAGUGAAACAAAGUGAUCCGUCCACAUAAUAUUUUUAUUGUGUAAGCUAAAUAUCUUUGAGAUUAUAUUUAUUGAAUAUCAUGAUCGCGAAUACAUGAAGCACUAAGCAGAUACUUUCGUGUGUGUGUGUGUGUUGGGGUUA